AUGGAUAGCGAUGAAGAUGAGCAGAUGGAGCUUCCGCCAGAAGCUGAGAUAGAAUUUGAUGCGGGCGAGCUGCAUCAUUCUAGUGGCCAUCUCGAACAAGGCAUAGAUGAACAUGAUUUGAAUGCAGUGGAACCUGAAAGUGAAGACGGGGACCAUGAAAUUCCUAUGUUUGAGCCCGAGCCCUUCGAGGAUCGAAUGGAAGAAGCAGGCAGCGAAAGAGCGCAAGAGGAGCCAGCGCCGCAGCCCAAGAAGCGGCCUGCCAGCCAAAGAGCAAGUGCCAAGUCAAAGGCGAAAGUUCAAGCUGCGCAGAAAAAGCCUGCUGCGCGACAGCCUCGGCCGAACGAGCUAUGUCCGGGCACCCCGGGUAAGCCUUGCACCUUUUCAACAACCCUGCCUGGCACGCCCGCGAGUAUCCAACCAAAACGAGGAGAAAAGCAUUGCAUGUUUUGCAGUGCAGAUGCGUGUGAAAGAGCCUUUGCAUCCAAGCGGCCAAAAGUUUUACCUGUAUUGAAGAAGCUGCCUCCGGAAGACAGAUCCAAAGCAUUGAUCAACAUAGAGCAUUGGCAAGGCCAAGAAAAAGCUCACGAAAUGAAGUCCAAACUGACCAAUGCCAAGGCCAAGCCACCAAAACAAGAAUGGAAGCAGUUGCUCGAAGUCCGAAAACCAUUGAAGGCACCGAUGGAAGAAGAAGAGCAGAUCGAAUAUGAGCAGGCCGUUCGAAGAGAUCGCCAAAGAGCCAGACGAAAAGUUAUGUGCCCGGAGCACAAGGGCAAGCAUGGCACCCGAAAACAAGAGGAAAAAGAAGUUGCAGAAGUUCGAGCUCGAUUUGGCGAGAUCGCCGAUCUUGCGACCAACGACUGUGGCUUGCCCGCCCCGCAGGAUCCAACAGCUCGCAUGCUCGAAGCUUGGUGCAAGCAAGGAUCUUGGGCCAUGUGCACCAAAUGUCAUUCGCUGCAGCCACAAAAUCUGGAGCCGAUGGACCUCAAGCGGGUGAAGAAGGCUACUAUGACACCCAAUAGGCGCACGGCCUGCCGCCAUGAGGAGUACGUGCCUGCAUUGGAGGAUGUCCCGCUAGUUUUGCGAAACCUGGCACCGGAAGUCUUGCAAGCUUUGCGACCGCUCGACAUCAACACAGGCCCAGCCGUACGAGCAGAUUACGGAUAUCGCGUGCACAUGAGCAUGAUCUCUUUCGCAUGGGCGCCCAGAAGCGUGGAGAGCAAGAUCAAAAAGCUCCCAAAGGCAGAUCGACGAAAAGCUCGAGCAGCUCUGAAUCAUCUCCUGAGCUGCAGAGAUAGCGACUACUGCGCAUUCUAUGACAAGCAUUUGGAAUUCUUGAACAGGCACGGGAAAGAUGCCGAGGAGAAGCUGCGCAAGAGGCCGCUUCGCUACAUCGAGCAAGAAGGUCUAGAGUGCGCACUAUGGCCCCACCUCUACUGGCAUCGCAACCUUUGCGAAACGGUGGCAAGAGCUUCGCAUGAAACCCGACGGGCGAAAAAGCGCAAAGCCAAGCGCCAAACAGUGGAUUCCGAUGUGGAAGACACUGAUGAGGACAGCACGGAAGCCAGUGACGAAAGCAGUGGACCCAGCCCAGACAUCCAGCAGAGCAAGAUGGGCAGAAUCAAGCGCGGCUUCAUUCGAAAGGUGCUUUCCCCGGUCAUCGGCUAUGGCACAGAUUACGAGCUUUUGCAUUUCGUUUAUGACCUCAGCAUGUGGACCACGGUGGGAACCAAGAAGAACAUAGCUCGACAGUUCGAAGUUCCGCUCCGGGUGGUCUUGGCUGGAUGCCCAUGGGCCCCACAAUACUGGCACAUCAGACACCUGGCCGUGAUAGACAUGCAACGUCAGUGCGGCAAUGCAACUUUGUUCCGCACCCGGGCACCCUAUGAGACGACAUUUCCAUACCACGAAUGGGUGAUGCACGAACAACGGGAG